AUGGACAACUUUCCUCCUCUAGACCCUUCGAACCAGGCUGCGGGCGGGAGACCUGGUGAUUCCAUGCGCCAUGCUCAAGCCGGGAGGUAUCACCAGCCGAGCCCGCCUAACCAGCAACAACCACAGCAGCAGCAACCGCAGCAACCUCAAAUCCCACCAGCAUCUGCCAUACCUCUCCUUGAACCACAGGGGCCUCCUCAGUUACCCCCUCAGCUGUUCACGACCGCAGCACAGCUACUAGAUUUAACAGACAGUGAGAUUCCCACCACUCUGCAGAAGUUGGUUUUGGUUCUUCGCGACGGCCGCAAGUUAAUUGGAGUAUUGCGAAGUUGGGACCAGUUUGCCAAUAUCGUGCUCCAGGAUACGGUUGAGCGAGUAUACGCCGAAAAGCUAUACGCCGACAUCCCGCGUGGCGUGUACCUGAUCAGAGGAGAGAACGUAUUACUUCUUGGGGAGAUUGACCUGGAUAAAGAUGAUGACGUUCCAGAGCCUUACCGCCUGGCACCUGCAUCCGAAGUCAUGGAGCUGAAGAAGAAAGCAGAGGACCAGCGGAAGCGCAAAGAUAAGAAGCGAAAUACACACAUGCAAGCUCUUGGAUUUGAGCCUGAGCAUAGUGGGGAGAUCUUGUUCUGA